AUGGACGUAGUCCGCGAUGAAGACGCCGCAUCAACUUCGAAGCAACAUGCCCUCGGCAGCGGUGAAGAUGAGAAGAACAAGGCGCCAUCGGCAUUGUCGACCGACGAUUCUACAAAGAUGAUGGAAUCAUCCGACCCACCGCCCCCCAGCAGCAGCAACGAGCUGGCUAUGAGCGACGAGGAGCUGGCCCGGCUCCUGGCCAAGCAGUUCGAAGAGGAGGAGGUGCGCGCCCUCCAAGAUGACGAGUCCUUUGCGCGCCAGCUGCAGGAGAUGGAGGAGCGCGAGCGCCAGCGACAGAGAGCCGACCAGCGCCGCCAGCAGCAGCACUUCCAGCAGCUCCAGCAGCAGCAGCAGCAGCAGCAACAACAUCAGCAACAGCAACAGCCCCAACAGCAGCAACAACAACUCCAGCAGCAACAGCAGCAGCUCCAACAGUACCUCCAGAGCGCGCAACGCCACGUGGCCGCUGCAGCGGCCGCCGCCGCGUCGUCGACGAUCAGCACCACCUCUUCGUCGUCGUCGCCGCCGCUGGCGUCGGGCUGGGAGGCCCCGGCCCUGCCCUCCCACUUCCUCUUCGGCCUGACGAGCUCCAGUCCGCCGCCGCCGCCUAUGUCAUCUUCAUCUGCGUCUUCGUCUUCGUCUUCGUCGGCGCCUUCGCCGUCUCCGCUUGUAGCGCCGCCCCCGGCACCAGCGCCGCCCAUGGCGUCCCUCCACGCAGCCCUAAUGAUGGCGAGGGAAAACAAGAGAAAGAGAGAAGAGGAAGAAGAGGGGAGAGGCAUGAAGACGUCGUAUUCGGUGCUGCGGAAGAGCAGGCGGACGGAGGAGGGGGAAGAAGCAGAAGCAGAGGGCAAGAACGAGACGGCGCCGACGACGGAGCAGAAGUCCGACGACCAGCAGCCCGCGACCACCACCUUCACCUGCCCCAUUUGUAACGAGAGUUCUGGUGGUGGUGGCGAUGGUGGUGGUGGACAUCUCACCCGUGGCGCGUUCACCCAGGCCGACAUCACAGAAGACGAGCUCUACACCCACACAACGGAGAAGCACGCCGACGCCGGGCAGGUCCGGAUGGUCUGCCCCAUCUGUGCCGUACGGCCCAACGGAAACCCGAAUUACAAAUCGAGGGACUACCUUGGGCACCUGGACCUGCGCCACAAGCCGGCUCGCCUCCGCAGCAGCGCUGAAACGGCCGCGAUGGAAGCGGCGGCGGCACCGCCACAGCUGCGCCAGUCACGACCGCGCACUCACCUCAUCACGCGCACGGCCCGCGGCUUCCAAAUGAUCUCCAAUCGCUCGCUCGAUACUCUUUUUGACUACCUCAUCCACGUCGAUAGCGACCUUGCUCAGCUGCCUCCCUGCCAGCUGUGCCAUCGCAAGAUGAAGCCGACGCACACGCGGGCCAUACUGGCGUGCGGACAUCACUUCCACGCGCAGUGCCUGCCGUCGGGCUCACCCUCGCCCGUGUGCCCUCUCUGCGAACGGAAGGCGGCGUACUUCGCUGCCAAGGCAUCCGCCGCCGCCUCCUCAACGACGCUGGACCAGCAGCAGCCGCAUACCCCGGAGCAGUCCGACGCUUCGUCUUCGUCGUCGUCUUCGUUGAAGCGAGAAGAGGGCGAGGAAGCCGAAGCCGAAGCUGAGGGAUCGAGCCAAGGACGCAGCGAAGGCGCCGACGAAAACGAAAUGACGUGCGAGGACUGA